AUGUCUUCCUCGACGCCUCGUCGCACUCGCAAAGCUCAACUUGCAUCUUCUGGCCUAGGCUCUCACUUUGUGAGCCCAAGGAAAGCUCGAGACAAACGGAAAACCCAAACAUAUGUUGAGCUGCCUGGCGCAGAGAUGAAGCGCCGCCGACUUUUAGAUGCAAUGGAGCGACUUAUGAAGUCGCAACAUGAGGAACCACACCUGCAGUUAUCUGUUCAAGCUGCACCACCUGAUACUGUGAUUAUGGAACACAUGGAUGCUGACAAUCUUGUUGAAUUCCACUCUGAAGACGUGGAUGAACAACCAUCUCUGGAGAUCUCAGUAACGUCUGUCAAACGGCGGAUCAUACCAGACCAACCCACUAAUUCACUGUAUAAAAACUGGAUUGCACUCAUACCAACCCUUGUUGAUCCGGUACUCCGGUACUUUGGACGAACACAGGGCAAAGCACUGGAAACUAUACAUCCAGUCAUAUCUGCAUGUGGGGAGCCUUCGUGUACACCGAAACGGACAACAAUGAUGUGUUUAUUUUUCGAUCGCUUUACAUCUAUAGAUGUACUAAGUUGUACCUGCUCGACUCUCCAGCAGGUCCUCGUCCACCAUGGUCUAUUCCCAACCGCGCCUUCACAGCCUCGGAUGGCUGUGUCUGUUGACUUGCUUUCAUUCUACCGCGCGUUGUUUGAGCGCUCAUGUGACGCGAUUAACGCACUCGCAUCAGCGCUCAAAAAUCAUUAUUCCCGGCGGGGUUACCAGAUGACUGAUGCCCAGGUAACAAUCAGUUACAUACUUAUAUCACUACUGAUUCAUCAGUGUUUCAGGGCGAAGUUAUACAGGACCCCUUCCGCCGAGGCCUCGGCUAUGCCGUCCAAUGGUAUGACAUCCUGCAAGUUGAAGUUGAGCGCCAAGUUGAGAUGGUCGUUCAACAACAUCGUGAUCAUAUAG